UUAUUUUUUUAUUUUUACUUUGAAUAUUAUCAUAAACGCUCCUUCUUUGUCAUUUCUCUCUCCUCUCUCCUCUCUCCUCUCUCCUCUCUCUUUAUUCAAACUUUGCUUCUACGUUUUCUUCUAAAGGCAAAAGCUUUCAUCUUUCAUUCCAUUCGUCUUCUUCAACCUCAAGAGUUCAUUCAUCAUCAUCAUUAUCAUCUUCAUCUCACCGUCUUUUCUUUCGUUAACCCUAAUAAGUUCUAGAACAAGAAAUGGCUGCUUCUAACGAGAAUUCCGAAUUCUUUUCUGAGAAACCUAAAACGAAUUCAUCUUUUCUCAAUAGAUCACUAACCCUUCACACAUCAUCAUCAACGAAGACGACCCACCUUCCCAAUUUCCUCGAUCGUAAUGGGUCUGUCAAGAAACUGCACAAUACGUCGCUUGAAUCCAUGGGAAAUUCAAUCAAAGGAAAAGUUAAAAAGCUAUGUAGCUUCUUCGAAUCAUCCACAUCAAAACCCAAAUCGGAUACUUCAAUUUCACACACAGACUCAUCAUCAUCCAAGUCCUCCUCCUUACUCGAAUCGAAGACUUCGAUUCGCUUACCUGGCACUGAAGAACGAGUGGUCAUCUACUUCACCAGUUUGCGAGGAAUUCGAAGGACAUGGGAGGAUUGUUGGGCUGUGAGGAUGAUAAUUAAAGGUUUCAGGGUCAUGGUUGAUGAACGUGACAUCUCAAUGGAUAUGGAGUAUAAGAAAGAGUUACAAAACUUAUUAGGUUUGAAGACAGUUAUAACUCUGCCUCAGGUUUUCGUAAAGGGGAAAUACAUUGGAGGUGUUGAUGUGAUCAAGCAGCUACAUGAAGUUGGAGAAUUGGCCAAGAUGCUUAAAGGAAUUCCUCUUCGAACACCGGGGUAUGUUUGUGACACUUGUGGGGAUGUUAGGUUUAUUCCGUGCUCUGUUUGUAAUGGAAGUAGGAAGAUCUUUGAUGAAGAUGAGGAUCAGUUGAAGAGAUGCUUGGACUGUAAUGAGAAUGGGUUGAUUCGAUGUCCAAUUUGCUGUUCUUCUUGAAAAAAUGUAAUAAGAGUUCCAAUAGUAGGAAAGUUGGUAAAUGAGAGCCUUUUGUUUGGUUUUUGAGUGGAAUCUUUCAGUUUGUGUUGUAUGUAUUAUAAUGAAGUUGAUUUUCAGUAAAUUAUGUAGAGAUAUGUGACCAUCAAAAUUCAAAAUCAUAUAUAAUGAUUAUUCACCUGUUUCUUA